AGCACCCGGACUCUUACGCUCUGACUCCGUGGAACCUAUGUCUGGUCUAGCUGCAGCUCUACAGGGCGCUAAACUACGAAAAACAACGACGGGGCCCCGGAAUGGUUCCUCGGGUUCUGAAAACGGAAACGGAAAUACCGGAAGUGGGUAUGGAACUAUCGGACGGAUGGGAGGUGGAGGUGGAGGAGGUGGAGGGCCUCCUAUGGUUAGUAUGAUGGACGAGAUGCAAAAAACACUGGCUCGACGAAGAGCAAAGGUUGAUCGUGGUAGCGAGGAACCCGACGAAGGGUCUGAAAGGCGGGGCAGUGAGUCCACACCCUCUCCUGGUAAGCCAGGCUCUGAGUCCCCGAAGGGUCGAGGGCGGAGCCAGGAUGCUGAGAGUGCUCCGCCCACUGUGAUUAAGGCGGAGGAAACUAACGGAAUGAAUGGGAAUGGUGUAGGUGACAAGGGGGAUGAAUUGGAAGCUAUGAAACAGGAGAUUCUGCGAGAAAUGAGAAAAGAAAUUAACAAAGCUAAACUCGAAAUCAUAGAAGCAAUUCGUUCCGAGAUGGGUCGCAGAUAAGUUCUCAACAAUACUGUGGACCCUUUAAAUCCGCUUUACCGCUGAAUUCUACAAACAAAAUGACGGCAUCGAAAUCAUCAACACGGGAACGCUAUUUCACCGGGUUUUCACCGUUGACUUAAAUUAAAUGGUGGUAUUUCAUUAACAUAAGACAUAAUUUGACUGUUAACUCUACAAAUGUAAGUACGUAUUACACCGUUUAUGUGUAUGGCUCCUUUCACAACGGUUUAACGGUAAAUUCACUUGAAGCGGUUUAACGCUCUUCGUUAACGAGAUGAAAGUAGAAAUCUCCCAUUGGUAGCUAAAAGCUUCUUUGGAGUUUAGGACUUUAUGUUACUCACAUUAACCGCCAUAUCGUAUUGAGCAUUAGUAACGGGCAUCUUGAGCUAUAUUUGUCCGCCGUUUUUGGUGAAACAAUCAAAGCGGCGAUUGUAACACGCCUCAAUUUUUACAUUUUUACAAUUUCACACUUUCGCUUUUCUAAAUACCAUUGUUUUUAUGUUCUAUUGACUAUUACAUUAAUAUUUGAUAUUGCCAUCUUAAUAACAUUUUUCCCUAAGAAUUUUGGUUUCCAAAUAAAAGUGACGUUGAAAACAAAAUAUAAAAGAACAAUUUUUUAAAAUAAUUUCUAUUAAGACUGACUUACCUAAAACCAAAUUGAGUAAUUAUUUUGUUCCGUUCCGCAUUUAUUGUAUUAUAUCCUAUAAUCCUGCUUCUCAACUUUAUAUAACAUAAUAACCAUCCACCCCCCCACACUUAUGUUAGUUUUACAAAUUCUUGAAUAAUUGUACUUACCAACUAAUCCUUAUUUUUUACUAUUUUUUAUACUCAUUUUAUCAGUGCCAAAAGAGGGUUGUUAAAAUGUUGCAAAGGGGGUUGCACUGUUGUCAUUCUUUAACGGAUUAGAGACCCAAGCAUAAAUUAACAUUCCUUAAAAUUGCACAAAUUAAGGAUUUUUUAUUUUAUACAAUUUGGCCAGUUUAUUUUACAACCUGUAAAGUAUAUAUAAUAUAUAUAUAUACACACAACUAUGUUAACCUUGUACAUGAAUAUUAGUAUACUACAACUUGUUAUAUCUAGUCAUAUUAUUAUAUAAUUAUGUUUCC